CGGAUGGAAAAGUUGUGUUUUUUUCCGUUAUUUUUUGCGCCGCAGAUUUAAAACGUCAGUGUUUAUAAACGCUCUAUAAAGUUUAAUAACAGCGCACUAAGGCUUUAUAAUGCAUUUAUAACGUUUAUAUUAAACCCAGUCACUUUAACGCUGAUUCUGCAGUCAUAUUUAUUUAGUUAUAUUUGUAGUGUUUUUGAGGGUAAAUCUCCUGAACAAUGGGGAACCGCGGGAUGGAGGAUCUGAUUCCCCUCAUCAACAAGCUCCAGGACGCCUUCAGCUCCAUCGGGCAGAGCUGUAAUCUGGACCUGCCGCAGAUCGCGGUGGUCGGCGGGCAGAGCGCAGGGAAGAGCUCCGUGCUGGAGAACUUCGUCGGCAGGGAUUUUCUUCCCCGAGGUUCUGGUAUUGUUACUCGUAGACCACUCAUCCUUCAGCUUGUCAACCACAAAGCCGAAUAUGCCGAGUUUCUGCACUGUAAAGGUCGCAAGUUUGUUGACUUUGACGAGGUGCGGCUGGAGAUCGAGGCCGAGACGGACCGCAUCACCGGCUCUAAUAAAGGAAUCUCACCCGUUCCCAUCAACCUGAGGGUUUACUCUCCUAAUGUACUGAAUCUGACUCUGAUUGAUCUUCCUGGUAUGACUAAGGUUGCUGUUGGUGACCAGCCACCAGACAUCGAAUUCCAAAUAAGGGAGAUGCUGCUGCAGUUCAUCACCAGGGACAGCUGUCUGAUUCUGGCCGUCACACCAGCCAACACCGACCUCGCAAACUCGGACGCGCUCAAGAUCGCCAAGGAGGUCGACCCCCAGGGUCUGCGCACUAUUGGUGUGAUCACCAAACUGGAUCUGAUGGAUGAGGGGACGGAUGCCCGAGAUAUCCUGGAGAACAAACUACUGCCUCUGCGUAGAGGCUACAUUGGUGUGGUGAACCGCAGUCAGAAGGACAUUGAUGGGAGGAAGGACAUCCGGGCUGCUCUGGCAGCAGAGAGGAAGUUCUUCCUGUCUCACCCUGCAUACAGACACAUAGCCGAGAGGAUGGGAACACCGUACCUGCAGAAAGCACUCAACCAGCAACUAACGAAUCACAUCCGCGACACACUGCCCAGUCUGCGCAGUAAACUACAGAGUCAGCUGCUGUCUCUGGAGAAGGAGGUGGAAGAGUACAAGAACUUCAAGCCUGAUGACCCAACACGCAAAACUAAAGCCCUGCUGCAGAUGGUGCAGCAGUUUGGUGUGGACUUUGAGAAGCGGAUCGAGGGUUCUGGUGAUCAGGUGGACACUGUGGAACUUUCAGGAGGAGCUCGAAUCAACCGCAUCUUUCACGAGCGCUUCCCCUUUGAACUCGUCAAGAUGGAGUUUGAUGAGAAAGAACUGAGAAGAGAAAUCAGCUACGCAAUUAAGAACAUACAUGGUGUGAGGACGGGUUUGUUCACCCCUGACCUGGCGUUCGAGGCCAUAGUGAAAAAGCAGAUCGUUAAGCUGAAGCAGCCGUGUCUCAAAUGCGUGGAUCUGGUCGUGUCCGAACUCUCCGCUCUCGCCCUCAAGUGCACAAAUAAGCUGAGCUCAUAUCCUCGACUGAGAGAGGAGACCGAGAGGAUUGUCACCACCUACAUUAGAGAGAGGGACAGCAAGACUAAAGACCAGGUGAUGCUGUUGAUUGACAUCGAACUCUCUUAUAUCAACACCAAUCAUGAAGACUUCAUUGGUUUUGCAAACGCCCAACAGAGCUCCUCAGUCACCAAGAAGAGAGCCGUUCCCAACCAGGUGAUCAGGAAGGGUUGGCUCACCAUCAACAUCAGCAUAAUGAAGGGGGGCUCGAGGGACUACUGGUUUGUCCUGACUGCUGAGUCUCUGUCCUGGUACAAGGAUGAAGAGGAGAAAGAGAAGAAGUACAUGCUCCCUUUGGAUAACCUGAAGCUCAGAGAUGUGGAGAAAGGCUUCAUGUCCACCAAACACACCUUUGCUAUCUUUAACACUGAGCAGAGGAAUGUGUAUAAAGACCUGCGUCAGAUCGAGUUGGCGUGUGACACUCAGGAAGACGUGGACAGCUGGAAGGCCUCGUUCCUGCGGGCAGGAGUGUAUCCUGAGAAAGACCAGGUGGAGAACGGUGACGGGGCUCCAGUAGACACAAUCUCCAUGGACCCUCAGUUAGAAAGACAGGUGGAGACAAUAAGGAACUUGGUCGAAUCGUACAUCAGCAUCGUCAACAAGAGCAUCCGGGACCUCAUGCCUAAGACCAUCAUGCACAUCAUGAUCAACAGUGCGAAGGAGUUCAUCCACUCAGAGCUGCUGGCGUUCCUGUACUCAAGUGUGGACCAGAGUGUGCUGAUGGAGGAGUGUGCUGAUCAGGCUCAGCACCGAGAUGAGGUGUUAAGGAUGUACCACGCCCUUAAGGAGGCUCUUAGCAUCAUCAGUGACAUCAGCACCACCACCAUCUCCACCCCCCUGCCCCCUCCUGUGGACGAUACCUGGAUCAGCACAGAUACCAGUCCUCCUGCUCAGAUAAAACAUCCAAGCUCCGCCCCUCCUCCGGGUCGUCCUCCUGCAGUUAGGGGUCCCACCCCAGGUCCUCCCCCAGGCUCGGCUCCUCCACCAAUGGCUCCACCAAUUCCAUCUCGACCAGGUCCAUCACCUGUGAAUGCUUAUGGUCUUGCGUCUCUGGAGCCAAUCUCCGCCCCUCCACCACAGAUUCCCUCUCGCCCCGCCCGUGUUCCCCCCUCCAUACCACCCGGAAUCCCCAGAAGACCUCCAGCAGCUCCAAACAGACCAACCAUCAUCCGCCCGUCCGAGCCGUCCCUGCUCGACUAAACACACGUACACUUACUCGUGUAACCAUGACGUCAUAACCAUCGCUCAUGCGUUAUUAUAAAUGAAUUGAUUUUUAUUGACACAUUAUUAUUGUGUAUAUAACAAAGCAGUAUCUCUAUAAGUAAUAACCCCCACACCACCCCAUGCUAGCCGUCUAACGCUAAUAUUAAAGCGCAGCCUCAGUGUUUUGUAACACAGCCUUUUGUAACAACAUGCAGUUCUAUUCGAUUCGUUUGCUAACGUGCCUUAAAGAAAAUGAUAAAAUGUUUAUGGUUAACUCUUAGCUGGUUUUAUUUAAUAAGGUUUGUGCUAAUAAUCAGCUGUAGCAUAUUACACACUAAUAUGAUGUAAUACAUCUGCGUGUUUGCUAACAUACUAACACUAACUAGGGACCAGAUUUUAACAGUGCCUUGAAUAUAACACUCCGUUAUUGUACAAGCGUCUUUUGUACAGAUUUAAAUAUUUGCUUUUCAUGCAUUUGUAUGUAUUUCUAUGCAGUUUAAUCCUACACUUUAUCUACAGCUACACUGAGGGGACUUUAGCUGGGUUACGUCCCUGUAAAACGAUGCAAGUAAACACAUCACAGAUUAGAGUGUAACACAUUACAACAACAGUUUCCGACCGAAUCCGAUUGGCGAGUGCAAUACGAUACGUUACAGCUACGAAAACACGUUUACAGAUAAACGUAAAUAUGUUUUUAAUCACAAAAAAAUCACUUAGGUCUAACUGUGUGGUUCAUUACAGGACACCAUCGAGCUCCCACAUCAGCUGACUUUAGUUAACUAACUAGCAAUAAUUAGUUAGUUAAUUAAUUAGCUUUGUACUUCGUGACCCUCAGUGUUGCUAUUUCUCGCUCUGUGGAGAUUUUACUCACAUUUAUAAGUUUAUAAGUGUUUAUAAGUUCGUUUAUUACCUUGAACAGGAUGUUAGAUUAUGGAGGGUGUUGAGCGAUGAGAGAUGUCACUUCACCGUAUCACUUUCAUACGUACACUUCAGUUGUUUGAGUUAUAAACACUUCACUUCUGUCAUUUUCUCAUGCAUGCAUUUAUUAUUUUAUUUUGCAGCCUGAACACAUCCUGUGACUGGCUUUUAUUAUGGAAGCAUUUUUAUGACUAUUUUGUAUUUCGGUGCCUCCUUCUGGUGUUAAAGUGCCUACUUUAUGUUACUGUGCCUCAUGAACAUGAGAUAAUGGGAGAGUAAUAAUAAAAAAGGGAAUUGAACUCAA